AUGGACUCGGAAUGUGCCAGCGAAAUCUUCUCUUUGGAAGAUUGUGGUAUUUGUUCAGAAGCCGGAAGUUGCACAGAUUCUGGUGUGGAUCCAUCAAUGGACGAAGCUGAAGCUCCAGACAGUCCACCACCAUGUAACUACGGAGAUAUUCUGUUAGAUGUACGCUCAAGAAAAUGUUUGAUGUAUAAACGGAUUGGAAGGACUAGAAUUUUUGAGAUUACUUUAUGCCAUUUUUUUUUCACUACCUUUUUAUCUUCUAUUCUUACAAUUGCCGCGGCUUUAGCCGACGUCGAUGAUGAUAACGAUGACAACGAUCAAGACGGUAGAAUAGCGUUUGAUUUUAAUCUUACAUUAGAAAAAAAAAGUUUAGCCAUUGUUCAACUAGUGUAA